AUGGGUUCCAAAGGACUCGUAGCUUCUAUUCUGCUCACACUCCUGCUGCCUUUUGCAGGCGCCCUAGAAGUCAUCGACACAUCGUCGGGGAUAGGUGCUUCCCCCCAGAAGAUCACUCUGCAGUCUAGGACCCUGCCCAAGGGCACGUUGAUGCAGCGCAGAGCUCUGUCUCCGACGUCAAUUCCUCUUGCGGAUUUUUUCCUGGGAACAGACCUCCAAUGGUUCGGAAACCUGUCAGUUGGAACACCUCCCCAGGAAAUUACCGUCGUGUUUGACACGGGAAGUUCAACAUUAGAAUUCGCAAGUACUUUGUGUACAACAUGCCCCCAGAAGAAGUUUGAUUCUUCAAAGAGUUCUACUUUCGUGGACGGGGGCCGUACUAGCUCCAUCACCUUUGCCACAGGUGUUGGGGUCGACCCUGUUAUUGGGGCCAACUAUAAGCUUACUUUACGGAGUGGGAAGGACACUGUGUCUGUUGGCGGCCUUUCGGCCCCUGGCGUUAGUCUUUUUUUAAUCACCAAUCAAACGCCAAAGUUCAAUAUUGAUCCCUUCAGUGGGAUACAAGGGAUGGGCGCCACCGCUCAAGGCAUAUUCGCUGGACUCAUAAGCCAAGGAUUGCCUUCUUUGUUCAGCCUGUAUCUCACGCCUCAAUCAGUGGGCAAAGCCGAGUUGACUCUCGGUGGAAUUGACAACACGAAAUUCACUGGUACCCCCAUUUUUGCCUCUCUCCCAUCUGGUUCGGGUAGUACUUGGCAGCUUGCAUCUCCAGGACUGUCUGUCAAUGGAAAGACAAACAGUCUUCUAAACUCGCCUCGUACCAUCAUUUUCGACAGUGGCACAAGCAAUAUCUUGUUCUCCACUGAUACCGCAAACGCUAUAUAUGCUCUUAUCUCUCCUGAUAUCCAACCUAACCCGGAUGAAGCAGGCACAUACGGUAUUGCCUGCGACAAGAUUGCCUCUUUGCCCGCAGUUAUCGACAUCACAUUCACCUCCCAAACGGGAACUCAUUUCAAUCUAACGAUCCCGAGCAGCGAGCUCAGCGUCGGGCCAUUCACCGCCAACCCAUCUCUUUGCCAAACGCUGAUAAAUGCGUUUGACGGCCUGGAGCUUGUUGGAGGAAGUCUCUUGAAGCAUUACUAUAGCAUCUGGGAUGUCGGCGGCAAACGAAUGGGCUUUGCACCUGCUGCCGGUGUUCCAUCUUAG